AUGACCGAGUACAAGCUCGUCGUCGUCGGCGCCGGUGGCGUCGGCAAAAGUGCCUUAACUAUUCAACUGAUUCAAAAUCACUUCGUGGACGAAUAUGAUCCAACAAUAGAAGACUCAUAUCGGAAACAAGUGGUCAUUGACGGAGAGACAUGUCUCCUCGAUAUUUUAGAUACUGCUGGUCAAGAGGAAUAUAGUGCUAUGCGAGACCAAUACAUGAGAACUGGUGAAGGUUUUCUUCUAGUUUUCGCCGUCAACAAUGCAAAGUCCUUUGAGGAUAUCUCCACGUAUAGAGAGCAAAUUAAACGUGUUAAAGAUGCUGACGACGUUCCAAUGGUGCUGGUGGGGAACAAGUGUGACUUGCCCUGUAGAAUGGUCGACAUGCGGGGAGCAGGCGAGGUGGCCAAAAACUACGGAAUACCUUUUGUUGAGACGUCGGCAAAGACUAGAAUGGGCGUCGAUGACGCCUUUUAUACAUUAGUGCGAGAGAUUCGCAAAGAUAGGGAACGAAAAGGAAAGGACAAGAAGAAUAAGCGCGAGAGUAAGAAAAAGUGUGUCAUUCUAUAA